AUGAAUAUGAAAUAUAUUAUAAUGUUUUAUACUUUCCUUCCUUUAAUCUCUGUUCAGUCUAAAAAGCCUUAUAGUACAAGACAGCAAGCCGUAUGGCGACUGGAAUGUGAACUGGGCGUCAUCAAUGAUCUAGAAUGUCCUGUGGAUGGAGGAUGGACUCCUUGGAGCCCUUGGUCACCUUGCCAUGGAGCCUGCGAUGAUAUCGGUCAUCACCGAAGAAUCAGACAGUGCAUUAACCCUUCCCCGUCUCUAGAUGGAUUGCCUUGUAGCGGCUCUGAUGAACAAAUCAAACGCUGUUACCUUACAAAUUGCACUGCCGAUGAUUACCGUAAGCUCGCAGAAAGAGAUUCUGCAAGAUUGGAGGCGUUACAUCAGCUUGAAACUGUACCUGCUCUUAUGGAACGUUGUCUGCAAAUGGAAUGCCCUUUUGAAGCUAUUGAAGCUGCAUUGGCAACUGAUAACACAUGGCAAUUAAAUCCUGAAUCUCUUUGGAAUGCACUGCAAUGCGUCAAACAUAAUAUGGGUUGUCCAGUGGUAGGCGAAUGGGGAUCAUGGGGUACAUGGUCAGCUUGUGAUUCUCGUUGCGGCAAAGGCCUUCGUUGGAGACUCAGACGAUGUGACACUCCGCCACCUUCAGCACAAUAUUUAGUUUGUACAGGAAGCCCACUACAAGUCGAUAAUUGCGAAGGCGAUCAGUGUGCAAUUGAUGGUACAUUUCAUGACAUUGCUGGAACUUGGACGGAGUGGGGACAUUGGUCUGCGUGUUCAGAAAAAUGUGGUAUUGGGGUACGGCGUCGUAGAAGGUCAUGCAAUGAAAAGUACACGCCACGUGAUUUAGAAACUUGGGGCACACAUUGUCAAGGUCAGCACGAUCAAUUAGAGAUUUGUAAAAACAAACAUUGCAUACUAGAUGGAGGAUGGUCUGUUUGGGGCUCUUGGAGUCCUUGCUCUCAAAGUUGUGGUGCGGGAAAACGAUCCAGAAUCAGAUCAUGUACACGACCCAUACCAGCUAAUGGUGGAACCAAUUGCGUUGGUCCUAGAAUAGAAGUCGGAUCGUGUCACUUGGCUCCCUGUGAAGUGCGGUCACAUACUGUAACUAUUUUAAAUGGAGAAUCGUUUCUACAUUACAACUUUGAAAACAAACGAUCAACAUUAUUUCAUUUUUACAUUCGAUUCAUGCCACUGUCACCCCAUGGUACUUUAGUGCGUCGAGGUACAAUACAUAAUCCUCUUGUGCGCCUCAGCUUACAGAAAUGGCAUAUUUGCUUAGAUGCUAAUGGAGCUUCUAAAUCCUGUAGUUUACCCCGAAUUUGUUCAACUGCAAUUAUAGAACCAGCAGUGUGGCAUACAGCUCUCAUCACAGUUACAAGUGAAGCUGCCACUCUCAGACUAGAUGAUGAACCCAUAGUGAUUAGAAGCACAUUUCCUUGCAAUCCAGAGUUACCUUAUGACAUAAUGAAUAUUAUAGUGGGAGAAAAAUUUCAUGGAGAAAUUCAGGAAGUUAUAUUAAACUUCAUUCCAUUAAAACUGCUAAUUGUACCAGGCCAUAAUGUAAAGAAGUCUGAUUUUAAUCCAAUUUCCACAUCUAAUAUAGCUUAUGAAAAAGCUAAUGCAGAAGAAGCAUAUUUGAUACUAAACAAUGAUCAAUAUGUGCGGCUACCAUGUUUCCUCGAUCAAACUGAAUGGCAUUUAGGUCUUACAAUAAAAUCUAAGAGAGAUGUUGGAACAAUUUUAUUUUUACAUGAUGAAUCUAGUAAUAAUUGGCUAUAUAUUAUAUUACAAAAUAAUAGGUUAAAAAUGAAGUUAUCGGUAGGAGACUACCAAACAGAAAGUGGAAGUUCAGCUGAAUAUCCACCUGACCAGUGGCUAGAUAUAUCUGUUUCCAAAAAGAGAGACGCAAGUACAAUUGAGACUGUUAUAAAUGCGGAUGAGCGUCUCCAUGUGACACAUAUAAAUAUAACCUUACACAAGAGACGAGGAAAUCGUAAAUAUUUUCAAAUUUUAUUCAAGAAAGAAAAUUCUAAUAAACGAAUUGAUACAAGUGACAGCAAUGAGCCCAUGUCACUUUUCAUAUGCAACGCUGAAUUUUAUGUAGGUGGUGUUCCCAAAGAAAUAAGGAAAAAUAUACCGGAGGACUUUGUAUCUUAUAAUGGUGUAUUAGCGUCAUUAAAAAUCAACUGUGUACUACAAGAUCUUCAUAGUUUUAGUGUAGAAAGAUAUAAAGAUGAAAUGAUACAAGUAUCAUCUAGGACUGCCAGUAUAUCUGGCUCCUAUCACGAAACCGCUUGGAGUACCUCCAAUCGAUUAAACCUGUCAUGUCUUCAUACACAAUUUGCAAGCUCGCUACAUCCACGGCCUAACUGGUUAUUCUUAGAUACUGCACUACAUGACGUUCUCAGAAACAACAAAGUGCGAUCGAUUGAUGAUGGAAGAGUACUAAGAUUAGUAGCAUCUGCGGAUAAUGAUCUCAGAGGAUUUUACACAUGUCGAGCAUACUUCAACAAAAGAACUCAAAAUAUUGUCACAUAUGGUGUACUUGAGAAAAUUCAGUAUAAACUGAUGGGCCCUGACACUACCACGAUCAUUGCAUUUAUUACUACUUUAGCUCUUGUCAUUGGCACACUUUCCUGGCUGAUUAUCGAGGGUAUUAAUGAUCUCCACAAUGGAUAUGGCUUUUUUAGAGAUGCUCAUUUUUCACCAGAAGAAGAGGCCGAUGCCGUUUGCAAGUAUCUCGUUGAUAACAUAGAUCUGUGUAGCUCUAAAAGUGGCGUUAAGGAUGCCAAAGCUAGGGCGAGACGUAGAGUACAGCGUUUGGCGAGUCAUUCGAGUUUUACCGCGCAAGAACCACGGGGCUUGAUGCAAAUCGAGAAAAAUAAUUCUAAAAAUAAAGUAUUAAGUACAAGCGAGCCCGAUGAUUUACCAGACCUUCCAGAAGUAAAAAGUGUGGCUGAGCCAUCCCAUGAGAUAUAUAGGUACGAGCCAUGCUAUAUAAGCUCACCACGCCACGGUUCAAAUAUCACAUCACCGAGGACUAGAGUGACGUCAUCGUCUUCAUUCGAUGGCAUGACGCCCAGACUUUUGUGUUCCCGGCUUCUCUUGGCUAAAAGGAUGUAUUCAUCGAAAGAAAGCUUACACUCUAGAAACAGUAAGCGUGCAGAUGGCGGCACAAGUGCAGUAUCCCGCAAGACCCGUUCUAAAUUAUUCACUAUAAAAUCCUCGAGAUGUAUGAAUAUAUCACCCGUUCAAAAAAUAUUGCAGAAAUUCCAGGAACUUAAGAAAGAUGAUCCCUAA